AGGGUGGAGCUUGUGACGCUGUCGCCCAGGUCUCCGGCGCUUCUUUACUCACUCCGUUGGCGGCUGCUGCUCCUGCUGGAAAACUGUGGCGAGGUCUGCGGGGAACCGCACCUAUGGCUUCCGUGCUGUCCUACGAAAGCCUGGUCCACGCCGUGGCAGGAGCCGUGGGAAGCAUGACAGCAAUGACAGUAUUUUUUCCCUUGGAUACAGCUCGACUUCGACUACAAGUUGAUGAGAAAAGAAAGUCCAAAACAACACACAUGGUGCUCCUGGAGAUCAUUAAAGAAGAAGGCCUCCUGGCACCAUAUCGAGGGUGGUUUCCAGUUAUCUCCAGUCUCUGCUGCUCCAAUUUUGUCUAUUUCUACACUUUUAAUAGCCUCAAAGCAGUCUGGGUCAAAGGUCAACACUCUACUACUGGAAAAGAUCUGGUAGUUGGAUUUGUUGCAGGGGUAGUGAACGUGCUGCUAACAACUCCACUCUGGGUGGUAAACACCAGGCUGAAGCUGCAGGGGGCAAAAUUUAGAAAUGAAGACAUUGUACCAACCAACUACAGUGGUAUUAUUGAUGCUUUUCACCAGAUCAUUCGGGAUGAAGGAAUCUCGGCUUUAUGGAAUGGCACAUUUCCUUCCUUGCUGCUGGUCUUCAAUCCUGCCAUCCAAUUCAUGUUCUAUGAAGGUUUAAAACGGCAGCUUUUAAAGAAACGAAUGAAGCUUUCUUCUUUGGAUGUGUUCAUCAUUGGUGCAAUAGCCAAAGCAAUUGCCACCACGGUUACCUAUCCCAUGCAGACGGUACAGUCAAUCCUGAGGUUUGGACGUCACAGACUAAACCCAGAAAACAGAACCCUGGGGAGUCUUCGGAAUGUUCUCUAUCUUCUUCACCAGCGAGUAAGGCGUUUUGGAAUAAUGGGGCUCUACAAAGGCCUUGAAGCCAAACUGCUGCAGACAGUCCUCACUGCUGCUCUCAUGUUCCUUGUUUAUGAGAAACUGACGGCCGCUACCUUCACGGUGAUGGGGCUGAAGAGCGUGCGUAAGCCCUGAGAGCCCUUCCACUGCCGAGCGCGCGGUGGUGCCCAGGACGAGGGCUUCCUUCUGUGUGUCUUUCACUUGCUCCUUCCACUGAGAACUUUACCCUCAUUGGCUUGAAACACAUCUAAGGUUAAACAUGGGAUAUAGCCGGCCUGACCCAUUACCAACUUAAUUUUGAUGAUGGUUGGUUGAAUUUUGUGGGGGAGGUUGGACUAAUGGCCAUAUGAAAAGAAAACAUUAUUGAAAACCUAAAAAUGACAGUUUGUGGGGUUUAUUGGUUUCUUGAGGGGAAUGGACUAUGACCCUCAUGUAUAAUCUUUUCCAGUGAAAAUCUUUCUUAAAUUUACCAGCCAUUCUGUCUCCCAGGACCCUCCCCCAGGUUCUAGGACAAAUUUGCUACCAUGUAAUUCCUCUCAUAUACUUUUGUAAGUCUUCAUCUUGGCACUUUCCUUGCUAAAAAUGUUAUGGCUAUGCCAUGGGCAUGACUUUUUUUGUUGGGGUUGUUUUCUCCUGCUUAAAGAAAGGUGUCUUCUUCAGUGUGUGAGCUAUUUAUUUUGUGGGGGAAGUGAAAAUUAUUAAUCCCAAAUGAUUCUCUUUUAAACUAUUUGUAAACAUCACUUAUUCUUUAGUAUUUGAUGUAAUUAAAAAUAUUUAUUUUGAAUCAAUUUUUUAUUACAAAACUUGAGGUUUCAUAAAUUCAUCCAUACAAACCCCAAUAAAUUGUCAGCACAAAAGACAUUCUUAGACGUUGCCCUUAUUACAGUAUUACAUUGGGUUUGCAGCCAGCUGAUAAGAAUCACAGAAAAGGGGGAGGGAGCAGACACUUUGUUUAGGCUCUGGAAUAUCAUCUUUCUUUACAAACUCCUGGGAGAGGCUGUAUGUUUUAAGAAUAAACAUCUGAUUGCGGUUAUUUCUUUUUGGAAACAUUCCUUAGAGUCCUGCUGCUCAGAGCGUUGUGUCUCUGAGUAGCAUUGACAUCACCUGGGAGCUUGUUGGACAUGCAGUCCCAGACCUUCUGGGUCAUAUUCUGCAUUUUAACAAGAUACCCAGGUGAUUUGUACUCUCAUUAAAGUUCAAGGGACCUUAGGAGCCCCUGACCCCACAAGAGAUAAAAUUGGUUUCAAUUAUAGAAACCAAAACAGAUUGUUCUCAAAGGAAAGAUAGACUAAUGUAUUAAAACAACCUCUGAAAAAGCUGGGAGUCCUAGUCGUCAUUUACUUUUGCCACAUAGCACGUAUUGAGGUUGGAUGGACUUUUGUUAUGUGGCCAGGAAUGAAUUUAGACAUCUCAGGGCACUCAAGAAGCAAACUCUCUUGACAUUAGUAGAACAACAGCUCUUUGGGUUCUUAACUUGGUUUUUGUCCCUAUAACAAAAUGACAGGUUUUUCAUUUAUAAGUCUAAUUCAUUCAGAGUCAGAGAGAGUGGUAAUGAAGUGUCUAUGGACUUCAGUAUUUAAGUUCAAUUUUGAGAGUGGAAGUUUCCUUUCUCUUAUUUCCCCUCUGGUCCCUGUGGUAAUUUCAAAAUAUGUGAUUAUUAAACUAGUAGUAAUUGAAAGAUUGUUAUGUUGUUCCAGAAAGCAAGACUUAAGAGGAACUAAUAAUCUGGAACUAGACUGAACACUCCCCUGUUUAAGCUAGAGAAUUAAAGACAGAGGAUUGGCCCUAUUACUACUUUUUUUUAAAUUGAAGUAUAGUCAGUUUGCAAUGUUGUGUCAGUUUCUGGUGUACAGCAUGUUUCCAUCAUACGUAUACAUACAUAUGUUUGUUUUCAUAUUCUUUUUCAUUAUAGGUUACUACAAGAUAUUGAACAUAGUUCCCCACAGGAAAAGAAUGAUCAUAAAGGUGCCAUGUGUACUUUUGUUACUGUUUUAACUAUGCUGUUUGCCUUGGAACUUGAAUUUUGAACUCAAGGUAUUAUAGGUUGAUUUGUUAAAAUAAUUUCCAAGUCAAGUUAUAUAGUUACAUUAGAUGUUUAUGAUGUGACAAUGUAUUUGAUGCUUCUUUUUUUCUGAUUUUAUGAGGGAACAAUUUCAUACUGAGGUUUUGUGUCCCCUUUGGAAGCUACCAGACUCACUACAUAGUUGAAACUAGGUAAUGACUCACUCAGUUUUGUAACCUUUGACUAAUAAUAACUUAUGUGAGAAAGCUAAGGAGUUGAAACCUAUGCUAGGGAAAUGGAAAGAUUUUCUUUUUGAGUCUUUAUGCAGUUUCUUUAGAAUGUGAGGAGUAAGAGCCUUAGAGAUUUAUAUUAGUGUCACUGCAGUAGAAAAUUUAAUUUCUGUAAGUAUUUAAUCUGUGUGUUGAAGUGGACACUAAUAUUUCCACGCUUGUUUCUUUCACAGUUAAGCUUGAAACGCAGAAAUAGGAUUUACCAUAAGAACAUAAGCAGUGGGCGUUAGAAUCUCGGGUUUUAUUGACUAGCAAGUUACGUCAUCGCCUUGUGCUUCAGCUCUUUGAUAAGUGGAGAUAAUAAUACUCACUACCCACUUCAGAGGAUGUUUGAGAGCGAAUGAUGUCAGCUAAAUCUUUUUAUGAUCGUGAGAGAGGGAAGAUGUGAGUGAAACUUAUGACAAGCCUGGAUUUGUCUAGCAAUUUAUCUUCCUGAAGCUUGUACACUUUCCCAUUUUAUAGUCCCAAUAUCUCUGUGAAAUAAGUAGGGACAAGUAAUAAUGUCCCCAUUUAAUUAACAAAGAAAUUGAGACAGUGGUUGGAGCCACUGUCUUGCCUGGUUGGAGCUGGAACUAGAAUUGAGUUUCCUAUAGUCUAGUAUAAUGAUUAUGAGAACAGGUUCUGGAAUUAGACAGACCCAGGUUCAACCCUGGUCCUGCUCUGAGCAGCUGUGGGAACAAAGCAAUUACUGAACUGGUAUAAAACUCAGUUUCCUCAACUGUGAAAUGGAGAUCUUGAUAAACCUACCUCAUAGGGUGAUUGUGAGGAUUAAAUGAGAUCAUAGACAUAAAUUGCUUAGCACAAUGCUUGCCACAUGAGAAAAGCUAGAUAAAUGUUAGUGGUGGCCAUUAUUAUAUUAUUAUUAUUGAUGAGGGAUAUGACUGUUUGAACAGAUAUAAAUGCGGUUCAGUGGAAAGCACUGUGGAUUCUGAGCCAGACCUGGGUUCAGAUUUUCAUUCUAUCACUUAAAAGCAUUAUGGGGCAUAGACAAGUUAUUUCCUCACCUUUCUGAGUCUUUAUGUGUUUAUCUGUCCAGUAGAAAUGAUUAUCUUGCAAGGCUGUUUUAUAUUUAUUUUUUAUUUUUCUUUAGUCCUUUAAUCUUGCAAGAUAAUCAUUUCUGUUGGACAGAUGAGGAUGUAGAUAUAAAUACAUACAUGCACCUGGCACAGUAUAUGACAUAUAUAUGGGCUUAAUAAGUGGCGGGGUUUUCUAUUGACAUGUAAUUGACACAUAACAUAUCAGUUUCAGAUGUACAACAUGAUGAUUCAAUAUAUGUGUAUAUUGCAAAAUGAUCACCAUAUUUAAGUAACUAAACAUCUGUCAAAAUGUCCAUCAGAUAAAUGCCGUUUGAACCAAAAAAACCAACUAGGUUUUACUUUGGGGCCAUGUUUCCUCUUUCCAUUUGUUUUAAUUGUGAACAUGUCUUUUCUGGGAGGCUUUGGUGUAUCUUCAAAAGUGAAGCCAAAUCCGGUAAUUUUAUGUUUUAUCCAGUGUUCAAAGUAAGUCCCCCAAACAUUUAUCAUUAAUCAGUAAAAUAUGAACUGGUUCAAUAGCAGAAAAUCACUGACUGAACUAGUGUCUCAUCUUGGCUCUCUGGAAAAGCUAAAGAAUAGUGACUUCAUGGCUCCAAAUGCCACACUUCUCUGGAGAGCACUCCCUCUGGACAGGUAAAUUACUUACCUGGCUCGGAUGACUGUCACUAGAAUACGAAAUAUAUAUGAAGGCUCACUUGUAUGAUAUUUACAUAUGCAGUAAAUGUAAUUGUACCCCAACAGGGUUUUUACCACUAUACAAAGAAAAGGCCUUGUGUUAGUGCUGAUGUUCGUGGGGCACACGUAGCCUCUGAAAAUGAUGUUCAUUGGGACAUAAUGCACAAGAAAAUAACGUAUCCAUGGGCUAGGUGAGAAAAGAAAAGAAAGGAAAUUACUAUGUAAAGACAGAGUAAAGAGGAAAUUAGGAGAUGGACAUGAGGAUCAAGGGGAAGGAGGGACAAGGUACCAAUGCCUAGCACAGCACUCAAGAAGACAUGCUCAAAGAGUAUGUGACAACUGGGCAUGAACUGUGGAACCCAGCAAAUGAGAUCCAGUCUGUAGUGAAGGGGAAAGGGAAGGAAGCUCAGUUUGGAACUAACCAUGAGAAUGGGUCAUGGAACUUCCAUGCAUUGAGUACCUAGUAAUUUACAUACAUCUUGAUAUCCUUAUAAUAACUAAAUAUAUGAGGUUCAUUCCCAUUAACAGGUAAGUUACUUAAGGCUUCAAGAGUAACUUAUCUAUGGUCACUCAGUGAUUGGGGGGUCAGGAUUUAAAAUGUAGGCUGACUCCAGAACUUUCUACUUUGCCUCAGUACAUCCCUCAGUUGUUCAUAAAAGUAAGCCUUCUGAGCCAGUGCGUGGUUCCCUUUUAUAACCUGGAGGCGCACAUGAUUCGAGACGUGUGAUUCUUUUUGUGAUGAACUAUCUGAGCCCCAUAUGAUGCUACCAAGCUCAGGGGAAGCCUGUGGCCUCUGGAUCCAAGGGUGGCUUCUUAAACCCAUGCUGUUAGGGGCCCCAGUGCCUGCAUUUAUACUUUGUGGUGUAUUAGGAAUCUCUUCCUACUAUUCUUGCUGAACUCCUGCCCAGGUCAGGCGUCAGAUUUCCUGAAAGCGUUUCUGGAGCUUUCUACCCACCCACCUUCAAAGACCUCUGUACUCCUAUACUAUUUCGUGCAGAUGUCUAUCACUGCACCUGCUCCACUGAGUUUUGAAUUGCAGUAGUCUGUCUGUCUCUCUAUCUUCUCCUGGAUACCAGGUUCUUUAAGGUAGCAGAAUGUCUUGCUCAUGGUAGGCACUCAGUUGUUGCAUGAAUGUUUUUGGCUGAAGAUGGUGCUGACCUUUCUCCAAUCAAGUGUAUCUGUUAAUUAAGUUUACAUGUUCUUAGUGGGGAGGGUGUAGCUCAGUGGUAGAGUGCAUGCCUAGUAUGCUUGAGGUCCUGGAUUCAAUCUCUAGUACCUCCAUCAAAAAAAAAAAAAAAAGUAAAUAAAUAAACCUAAUUACCUCCCCUCGCACACACACAAAAAAGAGUUUACAUGUUUUUAGAAUUCUUGUAGCCUGGCAUUUUCUUGGUUGUUGAUUAUCAGUUUUUCAUAUUUCUUUCCCUUAGACUAAUCAGUUCAUACUUUUUUGAAGCAUACUUUAUUUUGCUAUUCAGUUGGCUUUUUUAAUCUUUAAAGAUUCAUUAUUUCUUUGCUUUAAUUGGACUCACCAAAGUUAUCUGCCAUAGUAGUAUUGCUUAUCUAAUUCUUUCAUGUGUACUUCAUUCUUGGUUUUCUUUAGUUUCUGUAGAACCUAUUGACAAAGUAGAUGGCCAGCCAAAUAAGUGACUCCAUAUGUGGGUGCUAUAUGGAGGACCUUAUUAAAUUGCAAAUUCCUAUUCUAGGAAAAGCAUUCCAUUCAUUUAUUCAAGAAAUCAUUUUUUAUUACCUCCCAUAUCCAAGCAUUACAUCAAUUGUUGAGAUUAUCGGAUGUGUAAUACCCAAUCUCUGCUUUUACGUAGUUCACUGUUCUGCAUGGAGUCAAACAAAAAACAGCUUGGAAUUCUACCACUGAUGAGUUCUGAUAAGAAAUGUGAAUGUUCAGGAGGUGCUUUGGGAGCAUGGAGAGGUUGGGCCCAGCUCUGUCUUGGUCUGUGUAAUCAGAAGGCAACAUUUGAAUUAGAACACACCAAGUAGUGGGUAGAGCACCUUCCUAACAGAGGCAGUAAGUAGCAUUUGCAAAGUAGAAAGAGGAUGACGCCUUACUGUACGUUGGUUUGAAUUAGAUCCAGAAGCUUCCCAACCUAUAUCUCUGAGGGGGACACAUGUGAGAACAGGGGUCACUGAGAACCUGCAGCAAGGGAGAGGAGAUGACCAGGACCCUUAUCCUACUGAACUGUUUUGUCUGCAGUUAGAUUGGGGUCUAAACAAAGAAGAUACAUCCCCUGCAUGCUAUGAAUUUAAAAUCCAAUUUUAAAUGUACUUUGAAAAUUAGACAUAACAUGAAUUGCUUAGUUCUGCCUCUGUGAAGAUUGGCCAGCAAGCGGUGUAGGCUUACUGUGAGUUGCUGUUACUGUCAAGGUCUGGAGGUAUACUUUAUCUUGAUCAGUGGGGACAUGUUUCCUUAGAAAAUAGUUCAGAGCCCAGUUGAGGCUAAAACCCUAAGUGCUUUAUCGUGCAUGUGUAAGUGUGUUAAAAAUUAUGAAAGCAGUGAUGACUUAAGGAAAGGGGAAUUUAAAAACUGAGAACGUCCUCUCUAUUUCUGUUUCAAUUUGCAGCAAGUUUAUAGAUGUGGCAUUUACAGAUUUUUUUUUCCCUAGUGCAUUCAUUCUCACUUUGUUCUUUCUAUUAUGAGAAUUAUUUUCAUUAUUUUUAUAUCUUAUAGAUGGGGAAAUUGAAACACAGAUCUGGCUCAGGUCACAUAGCAAAGGUUUGGGAGUCAAAAACAGGAAUUCACACCUCCUGAUGUUCUCUCCAGUAAUCUCUCACUGGCUUGUACUGCUGGGAUGUAUCUAUAUAUUCUAUUUUGGUUUAAAGUGGUUUUUUUUAGUUUUAGAAAGGUCUUUUACAAAAAUAAUAUGCAACCAUUAAAAUUUUUCAGAGAAUUCUGAAAAGAAUGAAGAGAGUAAAGAUAUAUUCCUGUAUACAUGUGUUUUUAUAUAUCUUCCUAUGUUCCUACUGCCUAGAAAUAAAUGCUAAUAUUUUAGUUUCUCUAUUUUCAGACUUGUUUAAAUGUAUACAUUUACAGGUAUAUUUAUAGACAGGGGUUUUUUUAAUUGAAGUAGAGUCAGUUUACAAUGUUGUGUUAGUUUCUGGUAUGCAGCAUAGUGAUUCAGUGGUACAUAUGUAUAUUCCUUUUCAUAUUCUUUUUCAUUAUAGGCUAUUACAAGGUAUUGAAUGUAGUUCUCUGUGCUAUACAAUAGGACCUUGUUGUUUAUCUAUUUUAUAUAUAGUAGUUAGUAUCUGUAAAUCCCAAAUUCCCAAUUUAUCCCUCACCCCCUACUUCGCCCCCCCAUAACCAUAAGUUUGUUUUCUAUGUCUAUGAGUCUAUUUCUGUUUUGUAAAUAAGUUUAUUUGUGUCUUUUUUUUUUUUAGAUCCCACAUAUAAGUGAUGUCAUGUAGUAUUUUUCUCUCUUUCUGGCUUAUUUCACUUAGUACGGCAAUCUCCAGGGCCAUCCAUGUGGCUGCAAAUGACAUUAUUUUAUUCUUUUAUGGCUGAGCAAUAUUCCAUUGUGUGUGUGUGUGUGUGUAUACCACAACUUUUUUAUCCAGUCAUCUUAUAGUGUUUUUUAAAUGAGAUCAAACUAUGGCUAGUUUUGUAACUUUUUCAUCUCAAAUAUAAUUUGUCAGUAAAUAUGUCAUGAUUAAGAAGUUGUUACAUAGACUUGCAUUGUAUGAAUGUAUCAUUAUUUAGUUAGACUCCUAUUGAUGGACUUCUAGGUUGUGUCUAAUUUUUUGCUAUUAUAAAUAAUGUGAUAAAACCCUUAAUAUAUGACUCCUUUUAUGUUUUCUGAUUACUUUUUUAAGAGAAAUUUCCAGGAACCCAGUUACCGGGUCAAAAAGUAUGCUAUGACAUUGUGUUAUUAAAUUAAAACUCCACCCCAUCUAGUCCUUUAUGUUCAUUGUCAUUUUGGACUCCAUUUGAUAACAUUUUCUUUCGUCACCUCUACUUUGGCAAGCUGCAGGAGAAAUUGCAUUUUAGUGUGAUAGGGAAGAAGCAUUGUACGCCAGGGGCUGAGCUUUACAUACUUUUUCAUUUAAUUCUCAUAAAAACCUGAUGAAAUUCUGAGUUAAAUGAGGUAUAUCGAAAGUAAGUGUUAUAGGAGUUUAGAUUUGCUGAAAGAUUUCUUUCCGCAGAUGGUUGGGAUCAUUAACUGUCACACCCUGAAGUAUGAUCGUUUAUUGAGCACCUGCCAUGCACCACUGCCAUACUAGAUGGUGCUGUCUCGUAUCUUAUUUAAUCCUCCUACGAUGGCUGUAAGCCAGUGUUCUUUCUGCAAGUCUCUGCAUCUUCACUCCAACCACCAUGAAUAUGGGGUUACACUGGACAAGUGUCUCUGUAGAAAUGCUUUAUGAUUGUGAUGGUUAUGAAUAUCAAAGUGACUUUUACAAUUUAUCUUUCUUGACUUUUUAAUUUAUAAGUAAGCUGUUUGAUAGGAAAUGGCUGGUUUUGGUUUUGGGUUUUUUGUAGUUGCAGAUAUGAAGAAACCUUUAGGCCACCAGAGGGCAUUGCAGUCGGCCUCUCUCAUCUUUAUUAUAAAACCACUGCUGUCAGGGAUGCCUGGUGAAAUUUGUUUCCCAUUAAACCAAAAGCAGAAGCAUUCUUAGACUCGAUGAGCAAUCUGAGUAGGACCUGUGGCUUGAACUUGGUGAAACACUACCUUGAAAUACCCUUUUAUCUGUAAAAGCAAAGAGCAAAGUAGGUGGUAGUCUGCUGAAAUUAUACUCUUUUACUUUUUCCUUUUCCCAGGCAUAUGCCUAAAUUUGUCACCCCUAAUUUAUAACCUUCUUGUGGCCAGAUAAUAAAGCCAGCAGCUCUCAAUAUCAAUAGAAAUUGAAGGCAGAGAAACAACAGGCACAAUUUUUGUCCAGUAGCAUCCACCAAUUUACUGGUCUUUAUUGACACUAAUAAAAACUUGCAAAAUUGACUGAUCCACAGUUGAGUAACUGCCUCGUUUUUGUUUACCAUCUGAUAGAAGCGCCAAUAGGUAGGAAAAUGAUUAAAAGGCAGAACAGCAGGGAGAAGAGGUAAAAGGCAUUUUGACAAACCAUGAAUUUAAAAAUCAGUUAAAAUCCUUACUAAACAAAUGGGGUGUUUUUUUUUUAAUGUAAACAGAUAAACCUUCCCACAUAAUUUGAAAUAAAAUUUUUAAGUCUUGAGGCUUCUAAGUUGUGGCCAGCUAGAGCUCCCAUUGAUCUGUGCCCCAGGAGCAUUUGAGAUACUAAUUUAUUUCACAGAUAUUUUUUAGUACAUUUGUACUAGGCACUUAUUAAGCACUGGCGUACAAAUAUGAAUAAUGACUAAUCUUUAUAUGUAGUUUAUAAAACCACCUGGCAUCUACUGUCUUACUUGGUACCCACUUCAUACCUCUGAGUUGAACUGGGCAGAUGAUAUCUCCAUUUUAUAGGUGGGGAGAUGGAUUCAGAUGGUGAAAGGACUUGUUCACGGUUACACAGCUAGUGACAGAGUUGCACUCGGACAGAGGUCUUCUGACUCCAAAUCCCAUCCUCCCCCACAACACCUUUUUCUUUUUUUUAAAUGGAGGUACUGGGGAUUGAACCCAGGACCUCGUGCAUGCUACGCAUGUGCUCUACCACUGAACUAUUUCCCUUCCCUCUUGAUUACUUAGUUUAAUAAACAACUUAGCAAAUAAGUUCAAAAGCUUACUAAUAUUUUCUUUUUUCCAAGCUGGAAGGUAGAUUCAGUAUGCAAGCAAUGAAAAAAAAUUAGAUUCUUUUGCACUACUUGGUUGACAUAUUUACUGGGACUUUAACUCUUUCAAGCCUAUGAGUCCCUGCAUCUUUCCCUAAGGUAUGUUUUAAACAAUAAUGCCCGUGUAAAGAAGAACAGGCCUGUCGUUUGAGUAUGGAGUUUGGGUAAGGAUGUCCCUAACACAAAGGUCUCUGUGUGCGUUUCAUUUCUCUGGUAGUUUUGGGAACAUAAUACCCUGGCUAGAGCUCUAUCAAGUAACUUCUGUAUGGUUAUAUUUCUCUAUUUACUUACCUACCUCUCUCAGUAGGUUAGAAGCUCUGAAUCCUCAUCACCAUUACUAUAUCCCAGGCCUUACUAGGAGUACUCUGUAAAUAUUUGUCCAGUGAGUAUAUAUAUUUGAGUAUAUAUAUUGAGGGAGGUGGGGUAUUGUGUUGAAUUUAGGUUUGUCUAAGCCAGAGUACGUAGAGUUGCCAUCUCUGUGAUAAUAUUGUAUUUUGAUAAAAAGUAAGACAUAGCUUUCCUAAGAUUUAGUGUCUUAGUAAUUUCAGCACACUAAAUACAACAUGGUAGAUGUAACCCUACCUUAGUCUAAACUGAAUAAAGUGUCAGCUGUGUCCAGGCAGAAGGGAGCCAAGAAAUAAGUGCAUAAGCUUAGGAGUGUGUAAGCAGAAAGAAUACUGUGUGAUGAAAACAAGGGUGCUGGUGUCAUCCUUGUCCCAUUAUUCCUCUGUUGCUUCUGUUCCUGGAGUGCAGUUCUUAUUUUUGUGUCUCCGGUACCCGACAGUUAGACUUAAUAAUGGUCCUUAACAAGUACUGUUUCCUUGUACCAAAGAUACUGCUGAUCAAGAAGUCAACAAAAAAAAAAAAGGAAGAAGAAGAAGUCAACAAAUAAUUUUUGAGCAUCUGCCGUGUGCCAGCCACUUUGCUGAGCAGAGGGAUACACUGGGAGCAAAACAGAUGGGGUCCCUGCUCUUGUGGAACUUGAGUUGGAAUAGAGGGAGACAGACAGUGAGCAUGGAAACCAGUAAGGUGAUUUUAGGUACAGAUAAGUGCUGUAAACAACAUAGCGUAGGGAGCACAUGCAUCUAACGUACUCCAAUGAUAUUUUAGUUACCGGCAUCCACGUGAGAGAGCCUUCAUACAGUGUGUGCACGUGCUGAUGUGAGGAAGGCGGGAGAGAAUCAGAGCAGGAGAACACCAAGCUGUGCAGAGGUGGAGAAGGGCUUGAGUGCAGCGUAAUGUCAACAGCCAAGGGGAUGUAUAUGUGAUAUUAAGUAUAUGCAUACGUUAUUAUGAUAACUGAGACUCUUCUCUCAGCUUUGGGCCUUUGUAUUUGACUGUGCAGCAGAUGAUACAAUACUACCCUUUCUCUGCUCAGACUUCACAAACUCCAUGUUUAAAGUUGAUUCGCCAUCCUCACAAGCAGUAUCUCCUUUAUCUGAGAUGCUGGAUUGGGCUUUGCACGUGCUGAACCAAAUUCCAAAAUACUGAUUCCAGCCAGAUUAUUGGGAAGCCAUAAACAGGGCCUUCCUGACCAUUCUAUGUCCAGCAUGCAGUGUCUAGAGGCUGCUGUGAUUCUACACCCACUCAUGAGCUUGGUGCCCUGAUCCCCACUGACAUCAAGGUAUCAGACUUCCCCAGAUCAGAGCCUGGUUCAGAACUGAAUUUAGACAUGACCAGUGAAAACUAAAGUACGUUAAGCAAACAUUUUUUCAUUUUUCUUCUUUUUUUCUUUUCUAUUUUUGUUUAUGAGCUCAUCCUUAGUGGUGGUGCUGCUCUUUUUUGUAACAGUUUUAUUGAGAUAUAAUUCACAUUCCAUAUAAUUCACCAAUUUAAGGUGUACAAUUCAAUAGUUCUUAAUAUAUUCACAGAUAUAUGGCACCAUCACCACAGUCAAUUUUAGAGCAUUUUCAUAAUCUCAAAAAGAAAUACUAUACCCUUUGGGUAUCACGUCCUCAUCUCCUGAUUCCCUGCCUCCCACUCUCCAUUAAGCAACCACUAAUCCAUAUUCUGUCUCUGGAGUCCCCUGUUCUAGACUUUCAUGUGAAGGGAAUCAUACAUGUGGGCUUUUGUGGCUGGAUUCUUUCAAUGAGCAUAAUGCUUUUAAUAUUCAUUAAAGUUGUAGCAUGUGUCAGUACUUUUUAUGGCUGAAUAAUAUUCCAUUUUAUGAAUAUACAACAUUAUUUUAUCCAUUUAUCUGUUGAUGGAUAUUUGGAUUGUUUCCACCCUUUGGCUACUAUGAACAAUGCUACUGUAAACAUUCAGGUACAAAUUUUUGUGUGGAUAUAUGUUUUCAUUUCUCUUGGGUGUAUACCUAGAAGUGGAAUUGCUUGGUCAUGUGGUAACUCUGUGUUUAAUCAUUUGAGGAACUGCCAGAUUGUUUUCCAAAGUGGCUACCCCAUUUUACAUUCCUAUAGGCAAUGUAUGAGAGUUCCAAUUUCUUCACAUCCUUGCCAGCACUUGUUAUUAUCUUGCUUAUCCUAGUGGGUGUGAAGUUGUAUUUUAUAGUGGUUUUGAUUUGCAUUUUCCUGAUGACCAAUAAUGUCAGGUUUCUUUGCGUAUGUUAAUUGGUCAUUUGUAUAUCCUCUUUGGAGAAAUGUCCACUCAGUUCUUUUGUUCAUUUCUUUAAUUACAUUUUUUAAUCUUUUUAUUAUUGAGUCAUAAGAAUUCUUCACAUAUUCUGGUAAGUCCCUUACCAGAUACAUGAUUUGCAUGUAUUUUCUCCCAUUCUGUGGAUUAUAUUUUCACUUUCUUGAGAGUGUCCUUUGAAACACAAAAGUUCUAAAUUUUCAUCUAGUCUGAUUUAUAUGUAUUUUCUUUUGUUGCUCACAUCUUUGUGGCAUGUCUAAGAAUCCGCUGCCAAAUUCAAAUUCAUGAAGAUUUACUUCUAUGUUUUCUUCUAAGAGUUUUAUAGUUUUAGCUCUUGCAUUUAGGUCUUUGAUACAUUUUUAGUUAACUUUUGUAUGUGGUAUGAGAUAAGGUUCCAACUUCAAUUUUUGUUCAGUUGUCUCAGCCCCAUUUGUUGAAAAGACUAUUCUUUCCCCAUUGAAUGAUCUUGGCACCCUUGUUAAAAAUCACUUGACUAUAGAUACAUGAAUUUUUUUUUAUAACAUCACUUUAUUUUAUUUUAUUUACUAAUUUUUUUUGGUUGGGAGGAGAUAAUUAGGUUUAUUUAUUUUUUAAUGGAGGUACUGGGGAUUGAACCCAGGACCCUGUGCAUGCGAGACCCGCACCCUACCACUGAGCUAUACCCUCCUGCCUAGACACAUGAAUUUAUUUCUCAGUUCUAUUCUAUUCACCUAUGUGUCUAUCCUUAUGCCAGCACCACACUAACUUGAUUACUAUAGCUUUGCAGGAACUUUUAAAAGUAUGAAUCCUCCAACUUUGUUCUUUUUCAGGAUUGUUUUGGCUGGUUUAGGUCCCUUAAAAUUCCACUUGAACUUUAGAAUCAACUUAUCAGUUUCUCUAAAACAAAACAAAAACAGCUGGGAUUCUGAUAGGGAUUGCACUGAGUCUGUGUAUCCACUUGGUGAAUAUUUCCAUCUUUGGAUCCAUGAGCAUGAAAUAUCUUUUCCAUUUAUUUAGAUCUUUUAAAAUUUUUUGUAGUUUUGUAGUUUUCAAAGUAUAAAAGCAUGGUAUUCUUUUGAUGCUGUUGUAAAUGGAAUUGCUUUCUUAAUUUCACUUUCAGAUUGUUUGUUGCAAGUGUAUAGAAAUACAACUAAUUUUUGUAUAUUGAUCUUGUAUCCUAUAACCUUGCUGAAUUUAUUUAUUAGUUCUAAUAGUUUUUUUUUUUUUUUUUACUGAAUUCCUUAGGAUUUUCUAUAUACAAGAUUGUGUCAUCUGAACAUAAAAGACUUUUUACAUCUUUCUUUCCAAUCUGGAUGCCUUUCCUUUAUUUUUCUUGCCUAAUUGCUCUGGCUAGAACUUCCAAUACAAUGUUGAAUAGAAGUGGUGAGAGCAGAUAUCCUUGACUUGAUCCUGAUCAUAGGGAGAAAACAGCCAAUGUUUCACAACUGAGCCUGAUGUUAGUUGUGGGGUUUUUUGUAGAUUCCCUCCAUGGUUCUUUGCUUGCAGUUAGUCAGUUAACUUAGACUAAGCACCUGCUUUGUAGUCAGUACUUUUAGCUUUUCUCAGGAAUAUGUGAGAGUACACUAACACACUGUUUUUCUAACGUCAUUUGCAAUGCUACUUCUUUAGGCACUAAAAUGUUUUCACUUAUCACUUUGGUUUGUUUAAACCAUUUGUACAGAAAUCUUACAAAAUGCUAAACAUCCCUGAUACUUUAAACAUAAUCAAAUACAUAUGACUUAACCAUUGCUUUAAAACCUGGGCAUCACUGUAGUGUGUCACUGUGUUGGCUAAUAAUGUAGUAAUACCUUUGGGAGAUUAUUGGAUAGUUUGGCCCUUCAAAACAAUCACUCCAAACUGCUGUGUGUUUUGCAUUUCUGUAUCUGCUUUUUACAAAUACAGAUUGUCCUGUCCCUAGUUGUUAAUUGGCACGUUUUCUGACCUUGAUAUGUCUGCUUCUGAGAACAUUAUCUUCUAAUAGGCAACUUCUAAUAUGCUGAGGACCAGUCUGCCAGAAAACCAAGAUAUUCAGAAAUUUUUGUAAAAUAAGAGUAAAUGAACUGUGGAAGAAAUUCUCCUGUUGAAAAAAGUGCAUGGAAUUUUCAAAACCUUGUUUGGCUGCUUAAAUGCCUCUUAUUUCCUAGGUUCUCAGCUCUGUUGUAAAUGAAUCAGUGUUGAGUGUGCGGUGUUGCUGUAUCAUAAAUAAAAUUAUUUUUUAAAGGCUUUUUCUAGUCCCCUCCUCCUCACCUCCACUCCUAGUCAGUUUUCAUUAGUUGAACUCUCCCUGUUUCUCUUACUUCUCCAGUAUGUAAAUGUUCAUAGCAGCCUUAUUCAUAAUAGCCAAGAAGUCAAAACAACCUAACGGUGAAUAAAUAACAGUUGUCAUAUUAGUUAGUACAACAGACUACUAUAUGCAGGAAUGAAAGUGAACAAAUACAGCUGUGUGCGCUAACAUGGAUGAAUCACACCAUAUUGAGUGAAAGAAGCUAGACAUAAAACGUUACUUAAUAUAUUAUUACAUUUAAAUAAAUUUCAAAAACAGUGCUAGAAGUCAAGAUACCAGUUAUCUUUAGGGAGGUGGGUAGGCACAGUAAGACACCACUAAAAAGGCAAAAAGGUAGAAAGUGAAGAGAUGAAAAUAGACAUACCAAGUAAAUAUUAAACUAAAGGAAAAUUGGCUGAUGUUAAAGGAAAGAGCAUUUUGCAGGAUAGGAAAAGUCAUGAGGUAACGGUAAAAUGGAUAAAUCACCAGGAAGAGAUAAAAGUCCUAAACCUAGAUGCACCUAAUAACAUAGACUCAAACGCGUAAUACAAAGUUGGUCAGAAGUACAAAAAAAAAAAAAAAAAAAAAAAGUGACAGAUCCUACAAUCAAAUGGAAAUUUAACACAUUUCCUUCUGAAAAUUAGAUAGCCUAAAGAGUUUAAGCAAUAUCUCAUAAUUAAUCACCCCCAAAUUAGAAAAUACAUUUUCAAGCACAUUUAGAACACUUAUAACAAUUUACCAUCACAUACUGAGCUGAAUUCUGCCUCCCUGAGGUUACUCCCUUCCAGUCAUGUCUUCUGGUUCUGUCUUCUGUCUGUUCAGUGAAACUGUAAAGAAAUGUUACUCUUCCAAUGACAACCCUUCCAGUUUUUAAAGACAGCGUAUAUGUGCCCAGUGAGUCCUCUCUUCUUACUAAACAUUUCCAUUUUUCUUUGUACUGUUCCUUCCAGGAAAUGGAUUUACUUUCUCUCUCCCUCCAGCUUAUUCUUCUCUGCAUAUAUCCAUUUGACUGCUCUCUAUAUCUAGAGCAUAUCUCUCAUUUUUGGAGCUCUUGAUCUCCUAGAUGCUAGAUGCUUCAUACGCAUUGCUUCACUUAAUCUUUGUAAUAACCUCAUGAGGCAGGUGGUGAUAUCUUCAUUUUACAGAUCUACAAAGUUGGGCCUAAAGAAGUAAUCUCAGUGUCACAUGUCUGGUUUGGCCAAAUAGGGGUGAUAGGAAGAUUACCACCACAUCUGGGUGGAUGGUGGUGCCAUUUAUUGGAAUAGAAAACAUUGAUGAUCAUGAUGAAACAGGCAACAAAGAUCUCCCCUUGGAUGUUAGUAGACUUCUGAGAGUGUCCAAAAGUGGUCUCUGUUCCUGAAUGAAAAUCUGCUGCCCUCCCAGUGCUCCUUCUGUCUGUGAGAGGUACCACCACUCACUCAGUUGUUCAGAUAAAAAACCUUAUAAUCAUUCUUUCUCUCUCACUCCACUACCAGCAGAUCCUUCCAGAAUAUAUUGCAAAUCCUGCCAUUUCUCCCCUUCUCCCCCUCCACUGCCAAGUCCAGGCCUCCAUCACGCUUGUCUAGACCACAGCCAUAGCUUCUUAACUGAUCUCCCUGCUUCUACAGUCCCCCCAUGCACUUUCUCAACAUUGGAACCACAAAGAUCCUUUUAUAUGUAAAUCAGAUCCUGUCUUUCUCCUGCUCUCAUCCCUGCAGUGACUUCCAACAAAAUCAGAAUCAAGUCCAGAGCCUUUGCACAGCCCCCAAAACCCUUCGUGAUCUCAGCCCUGGAUACCUCUCUAACCACAUCCCAUCCUUGCUUUCACACACACACACGCGCGCGCGUGCACUUUGGCCAUGUUCAUCAGACUCAAGCAAGUACCUGACCCGGGGUAUCUGCACUUGCUAUUCCUUCUGCUGCUUUCCUACGUUGUCACCUCACUCAGUACCACCCAGGUGUCAUCUCUUCAGAGGCCCUCCCUGACCACUCCAUCGAAAACAGCACCAGCUACUCCCUGUUCCCUUAGCUUGCUUUAUUUUUCUGCAUAGCAUUUAUCACUACUUCUUGACAUUUUAUUAUAUAUUUGUUUAUCUACUCAUGGUUAGUUUCUCUAGGAUUAGCUUCUUGAGGGCAAGACUUUGUUCAGUUCAGCACUGCAUCCCUAGUGUCUAGAACAGCUCCCGGCACAUAGAAAUCACUGUGUAGGUGUUUGAGUGAGUGGAUAUUACCUCGCUGUUCAAAAAUCUUCAGUGGCUCCUCAUUGCCUAGAGCAGGGUUUUUCAGCAAUGACACCACUGACAUUUGAACUGGAUAAUUCUUUGUGGUGGAGGCCUGUCUUGUGCGUUGUAAGGUGUUAGCAAUACCUCUAGCUGCAGUCCCUGCUAGCUGUCUGUAGUACCACCCCCAGUGACCGUCAAAAACGUAGCCAUAUGUUGCCAACUGUUCCCUGAAGUAGAAACCAUCCGUUGAGAACCUCCAGCCCAGAGCAAGCCAAUCUCUAAAUUAGAUUCACCUGCGGAGCUUUAAAAAAAAAAAGCCAAUCCCAAACCUUAUCAGAGGCCAUAGGGUCA